AUGGCUUCGAGAGUAUCCCCCCGAAGCGCCUCCGACGCAACGCGCUUCACCUCAACCACCCCGCACGCCGCCUCCAAAGCCGCCGCUCCCUCCACGCCGAAACCAAAGCAGCAGCAGCCCUCACCACAAGCAAAGACACCAGCAGCGACGAAGCUCUCCUCAACACCGAAAAGCUCCGGCGGCGGCAACAGGCUACCCGGCGAGACCCCCGAAGAGCGCGUCCGCCGCCUCCGCGCGGCCCACGAGGCGGCGCGCAAGGCGCAGACCAGCAGCGUCGACCGCGUCCUCGGCGGGAGCAGACGGUUCUUCGAUGUCGCGCACAAGGCCACCGUCAUUGGGCUGGUCGGGUUCACAGCAAUCGCCGGCCUCGUCUCAAUCUACUCCGUCUACGACAUGGUAACCUACAACAAACAGCGCCGCGCCGACUUCAUCGAGGCCCAGCGCAAGAUGGAAGAAGACUCCCUCGCCGCCGCCCGCCUCGCCUUCAUCAACGGCACCGCCACCGACGCCCAGGUCUCCCUCGUCGAGGAGGCCAACGCCGCCGCCCGCGAGUCCGGCACCCGCCUGCCGCCCCUGCUCUCCGCCCCCACCGUCACCACCCAGGCUGAGAAGAUCUUCGGCACCGGGCGUGCCGAGACCGCAUCACCAGAGGCCGCCGCCGCCGCCGCCGCCGGCUCCUCAGCGCCCGCAGCGGAAACGCAAAACAAGAGCAGCGGCUGGUGGCCCUUUUCGUCAUCCUCCGCCGCCAAGCCCACCACAGAAGCGAUCCAGGACAAGGCCAAGGCUGCCUUCGACCAAGAGAGGGAGAACCAGCGCCGCGGGGGCGCGUUGGACCAGAUCGGUCUGCAGCCGGUGGAGGAGAAGAAGAAGGGGUGGUGGUAA